UCGCAAACGCCCAUUGUUGUUCUGUUGUCCAGUUUGGAAAUCCAAACAUGCCCUUAAAGAAAUGGCACGGACAGACAUGAGAAUUCCGGAGCAAGCGACCCGACCCACACCCGCACGCAGCGGGCACGCCCAAAGGCACCGCUACACGCCUGCACUGCUCUCUCUCUCUUUCCCCGUGGACGAAGGGUUUCUCAGCUUGUUGCAAUAUAUUUCGUUCGCAGCAAUCAUGCUCGGAAACCCAAAUAAUCAGAGCAUUUCCCGUCGUUCAAUCUCUUCUGUAGAUUUUCUAGGGUUUUAAGUUACCCUCACGCUAUUUUAUUCUUUAUAUCUUUAAGAGGUUCAUUUUCAUUCUCUAAUUACAAGAACGAUGGAUGCGGACGAAGAAGAUUACGUGUUCUAUGGAACGCCGAUUGAGCGAGAGGAAGAUAUCACCAGCCGCAAAAAGAAAGCCCUUGCAGAGUCUGCUGGAAACUUGCGAAGCCUUCCUCCUUGGAAGCAAGAGGUUAUAGAUGAAGAAGGACGUAGAAGAUUCCAUGGAGCAUUUACUGGAGGCUUUUCGGCGGGUUACUACAACACUGUGGGCUCUAAAGAGGGAUGGGCUCCACAGUCAUUUACAUCAUCCCGGAAAAACAGAGCUGAAGUCAAACAGCAGAGUAUUUUGAACUUCUUAGAUGACGAUGAGAAGGCUGAAUUGGAAGGCCAUUCCUUGGGGACAUCAUCCCAGUUUGAUACAUUUGGAUUUACUGCUGCAGAAAUAGCUCGUAAACAAGCUGAGAAGGAACAAGAGAAGAGGCCAUCAGUGAUUCCUGGACCUGUGCCCAAUGAACUGGUCCUUCCAGCCGCAGAAUCCAUUGGUGUGAAAUUGCUGCUGAAGAUGGGAUGGCGGCAUGGUCGUUCAAUUAGGAAUUCACAUACCAAUUCACUGUAUGAUGCUCGUAGAGAAGCUAGAAAAGCCUUUCUAGCACUUUCUUCUGAUGAUGCAACGGCAGAGCUUGUUGAUUCUGAGCAUGUUAAGAGUGACCUUGUAAAUGAUCUGGAGCUGCCUGCUAAGGAUGAUGUUCAGUCUUCACAAAGCACACCGGUUUAUGUACUCAACCCAAAACAAGACUUGCAUGGUUUAGGUUACGAUCCUUUCAAGCAUGCUCCUGAGUUUAGGGAAAAGAAAAGAUCACGAACAGCAGGGAAUAAGGAAAUGAGAUAUAAAGAAGCUUUUCUUACGAAAGAAAAUCUUUUUUCUUUCAAGUCAGGAAAUGUUGCUCCUGGUUUUGGCAUUGGAGCACUUGAAGAACUUGAUGCUGAAGAUGAGGACGUGUAUGCCACUAGCUAUGACUAUGAGGAUACAUAUGUACAAGAGAUUGAAGAGCCUUUAAGAUUGAGUUCUGAUCAUAAGCAAAGGUUGGCUGGGAAGGAAAAGGGUAUUUUGCCUGGUUUUAAAGUUGCAUCAAGUUCUGACUACCAGCUAGAAAGAUUUGACCCUCCUGUAAUUCCAAAGGAUUUUGUACCCCACCACAAAUUUCCUGCUUCUCUUGAGACUGAUAACAAAUUUGCGGAUCUUGGUCCUCCUGAGGUUCCUCCCCCUGGUGAUAAUAAUCUGAAAGUUUUGAUUGAGGGGGUUGCAAGCUUAGUAGCUCGGUGUGGGAAAUUAUUUGAGGACCUCUCCAGGGAAAAAAAUCAAUCAAAUCCGUUAUUUUGUUUUCUGACUGGGGGUAAUGGCCAUGAAUAUUAUACAAGAAAGCUGUGGGAGGAGCGAAAAAAGCGUACUGAUCAAACUAAGAUACAAGUAGAUGGGAAAUCAUUUCAGUGCAUGCAGAAAUUAACAGCAGAAACCCGUGGCAAAAUUUUAGGAGAAAGGCCUCUUGGAAGAAGUCCCAAAGAGUCAAGCUCAUCUGUUGCUUCUGCUGGAUUGCUUCAGCUGCAACUCAAUCUUUCAGAUACGUUUACUAAACCUGCAUCACAUAAUGAGUUCCCAGAAGUCGCAAAACCUUUCAAAGAUGAUCCUGCAAAGCAGGAAAGAUUCGAGCAGUUUCUUAAGGAGAAGUAUCAGGGAGGGCUUCGCACUACAUUGUCUUCUGGGGCUAGUAAUAUGUCAGAGGCUGCUCGUGCUCGUGAGAGAUUGGACUUUGAGGCUGCUGUAGAGGCAAUGAAUAGAGGGAAAUGGGACAAGGAAAGUUAUCUUUCUAUCGAACAAUCUAUGGGGAUGUCAGCAACUGCAGGGAUGCAGUUUACAUCUGGUGGAGUAGAGCAAGAUAAAGUUACUCAGUUUACGGGGAUAUCAGUUACUGCAGGGAUGCAGUUUACAUCUGGUGGAGUAGAGCGAGAUAAAGUUUCUCAGGCUGAAGGUCUGACAACAAGGAAAAUUUACCCAAAACGUGAAGUGUUUCAGUGGCAACCUGCGCCUAUUCUGUGCAAGCGCUUCAAUAUUGUUGAUCCUUAUAUGGGGAAGCCACGUCCACCUCCCCGAAUGAGGAGCAAGAUGGACACAUUCAUGCUCACAGAGGAUUCAAUGAAAGCCACUGAAUUCAAAGAAACUGCAGAUGGAGGGCCAUUGGAUGUGUCUCAAUCCGAUAUAAACAAGGAAGUAGCUGAGAAGGAAGAAGUCAAUUUGGAAGUUGAAAAUGUGGAGAGACCAGUUGAUCUCUACAAAGCUAUUUUCUCUGACGAUUCAGAUGAUGAAGAGGAAAAAUCUAGUCCCGACGAGGUGGGGGAUCCACAAAGGAAGGUUGAAGCUGCUAAUGCAACGCUAAACCGUCUUAUAGCAGGUGAUUUCUUGCAGUCCUUGGGUAAAGAAUUAGGCUUAGAGGUCCCCCCUGAUGUGCCAUACUCGGUAAACAAAGCCAAGGCGCCAGCUCCUAAGAAGGAAAGCAUCAAUGCCAACGGAGGAGAUACUACCAUCCUACCAACUGAUAGUAAGGAUUCAUCCACACAGAGUCUGGUUAGUGGAACCCCCAUGAUUCAGGGAUUGUCACUUGGCCAACCACACCAUGCAGAGAUCGUGCAUGCAGAUGGAUCCCCAAACAGAAGUGGUGGCAAAAUGGAGUUUGAUUCUUAUAAAAAUAAGUCUAAUAAACCUAAGCAGGGCAAUAUGGGUCUUGAAGUUAGAAGGGCUAAAAAACACACACACCACCACAAAAAUCGAACCAAAAGUUCUUCAUCAGAAGAUGAAAGGAGUAGAAAACAUUCUUCACGACAUCGGCGAAAAAGCAGUAGUUCAGAAAGUGAUUUGUCUGGUGAUUAUCAAGAUCAAUACCAUUCAAAAGGGAGAAAGAAAGAAUCUUUUCGGGGAAGUAGCAGCAGCCGAAGACACUCAAAGCACCAUCAUAAGCGUGAAAGGAGGGACUCUCCCAAUAGAUCCUCUCAUCAUGGUACAGGAAAAGAACGUACAGAAACUGGAAGGGAGAAACGGAAAUGGAGGGACUAAGGAAAUUUGGUUUCCAUAAAGCUCCAUUCCAAUUGGAAAAUAUCAAUUAGAUCUCAAAUUAGAAAUGAUCAUAAUGGAAUCAUCAUUCAAUGGGAAGGUCUGAAAAGUUUGCUUACUGCUCAAGCGGCUGCCACUGCUGUAGUUGAGUUGGUGGGGUUGCUUCUUUUCGUCUCUUAGCACCAGGGUGGUCGACACAAAGGAUGUACAUAUAUGGCCUGUUUAAAUGAUUCUGCUGCUGCAACUCAACAAUGGAGACACGAGAAAUGCUGUGGGGAGUGCCAACGUGGUCCAUGCCCGCAAAGCUCUGUGCUGUGCUUGCUAGGUUUGAGCGGUGGUGAUUGCAACACCCCGCCGUAUCUAUUAUAUGUAUAUAUACACACACACAUAUAUUAGGAGAAAAGACUCCCAUAUGUCUUGCCUUGUGUCUUCCUAUUUACAUUCAUCAUAUACAUUUUGUUGUUCCUCAAUUGUAGUCUUUUUCAAUGUUAUGUAAAAUGCAAUGUAGAAUUGCAUUAAAAGAGAAUGUCUACAUCUUUUCAUCUC